UCUCUGUCUUGGGUGUGCACACACUUGUCUCGCGUAUUGUUUUUAUAAGAAUUGACGUGUCAGAUAUAUGAGUGUUAGCUUUAUAUACACCAUACCAUAUUGAACACGUCGUUUAGUUAAGCAGAAAGUGGAUGGAGUUCUUGAAGAGUGGUAUCAAGACCGUGCUGGGCGGCACUGAGCCGGGCCAGCAGCCCAGUGCAGCCGAAACAGUUGAAAAGCUCGUUGAUCGAGUUUAUUCGUCGACCCUGCUCGAGGAUCGCCGGGAUGCAUGCCGGGCCUUGAAAGCGCUCUCGCGGAAAUAUCGUAUAGAGGUGGGUGCCCAGGGCAUGCCACCUUUAGUCCAGGUACUGCAAAAUGAUGGCCAGGACGCUGAAAUCAUAAGCUAUGCCCUGGACACGCUGUGCAACAUUGUCACCAGCGAGGAGUUCGACGAGGAGGCUGACAAUCCAGCUGUAUCCGUGAAUGUGGGCGAACAGUUCACCGAAAUGUUCAUCAAGAAUCCCGAUCAUGUCACCCUCGUCAUGGGUUAUCUUGAUGAAUACGAUUUCCGUGUUCGCCGAGGCGCCAUCCAGUUGAUCACGUCUCUGAUUGCUAAUAAGACACGCGAACUGCAGGAACUGGUGCUGGUCAGUCCCAUGGGCGUGUCCAAGCUAAUGGAUCUGCUCACCGACAGUCGUGAAGUAAUCAGGAACGAUGUUCUCCUGCUCCUCAUCGAGCUGACCAAAGGCAAUUCCAACAUACAGAAGAUUGUGGCAUUCGAGAAUGCGUUCGAUCGUCUGUUCGAUAUUGUGCGCGAGGAGGGCUGCUCGGACGGCGGCAUUGUGGUCGAGGAUUGUCUUAUAUUGCUGCUGAAUCUACUCAAAAACAAUUCCAGCAAUCAGCAGUUCUUCAAGGAGGGCUCCUACAUACAGCGGCUGGCCCCAAUGUUCUUGCUAAACAGCUCCAAUGGCAGCUCGGAUGCGGACGAGAGCGCCUGGACACCGCAAAAGGUCUCCAAUUUCCACUGCAUGCUGCAGGUGGUGCGGGCCCUGGUGACGCCCAGCAACCAGCAGCAGGUGGUCAGCGCGUGCCAGCGUGUAAUGCAAAAAUCACAAUUGCUGCAGGCGCUCUGCGACAUCCUCAUGAGCAGCGGAGUGCCAGCGGACAUACUGACGGAGACUAUCAAUACUGUGGCGGAGGUGGUGCGCGGAGAUCGCGAUAAUCAGGACGAGCUGAGCCGCGUUCAGGCGCCCAGUCAGCCACCAAGGCCGGCCAUUGUAGUCCUACUCAUGUCCAUGAUCAAUGAGAAGCAGCUGCUGGCGUUGCGCUGUGCGGUGCUCUAUUGCUUCGAGUGUUAUCUCUAUCGCAACUCGGACGGUCAGCGUGCAGUGGUGCAGACGCUGCUGCCAUCCAGUGCCACCGACGUGAGCUCGCUUUCCACCGGGCAGCUGCUAUGCACAGGUCUCUUCUCGACAGACACGCUGGCCAAUUGGUUCGCUGCCGUGGCCCUGAUGCAUACGCUCGUCGAGAACGUUGCCCAGAAGGAGGAGCUGCUGCGAGUGCUCCUGGCCACGCCUGGCGGACAGCGACCCAUCACACUGCUGGAGCAGUGCACAAGUCUGAUGCAGCAGGAGCGCUACCGCUUGCAGAGCAAGGUGGGUCUGCUCAUGCUGCUCAGCGUUUGGCUGGCCCACUGUCCGGGCGCGGUCAAGGCCUUGCUGGAGACCCAAGGCACCAUGGCCUAUCUGACUGCCCAGCUGUGCGCCAAUGAGCACGACGAGCGUGAGUAUCUGGUGCAGGGCAUGUGCGCCUUUCUCAUGGGCCUCUGCAUACAAUUCAACGACAAUUCGCUGGCCAACCAGCGCCGGGAGGACAUCAGCCAGCUGAUCAUCAAGCGCAUCGGCCAGGAGACCUUCUGCAACAAGCUGAGUGAAGUGUCGCGCCACGAGGCCUACAGUCGGGCGUGCAAGCAGGCACAGAUACGAGCCAAGGGCGCCAGCGAGCUGCUGCUCGAUUACGAGUACUGCAAGCUGUACAAGGGUCUGGAGGCGUUGAUAGCCAAGCUGGUCAGCGGCUUCGAUGUGGAUGGCAUUGAGCUAACCGAGCUCACUCUCAGCUCAGAGGCCUCUGCUCUGGUGGCCCAGUAUAAGGGCAUCAUACGUGGCAUGGACGCGCAAAUACAGACUCUGGAGCAGUCCACCAAGCAGCUGGAGCAAGAGAACAUUGAGCUAAAGGAUCAGCUCAGCCACGAGCAAUCACUCAGGGCCCAGCUGGCCGAUCAGAAUACGCUGCUCAAGGCACAGCUGGCGGCGCAGCCAACAGCAGCUGCAGCUCCAGCUCCAGCUGCAACUCCAACAACAACUCCAAUUACCACGGCAACCGCGGAGCAGCAGACCACAGAAACUGUCAACGAUGAGCAGCUGAAUGCAGCUCGGUAUCAAGCGAACAUGUAUUUUGCGGAGAACAUACGAUUGACCAAGGAGCUGGAGACACUGCGUCAGCAAUUGACAGCGGAGAAACAGCGAGCGGAUGCUGCGCAGGAGUCUUUGCUAGCUACACAAAAGGACCAGGAAGAUUUGCUCGAGCUCCUCGCCGAUCAGGAGGCCAAACUGGCGCGCUACGAGUCGCCGACGAAUGCAGUCAACGACACAAACGGCAGAUAACUUGUAGCAAGUGGAUUCUACAAGGAUGUGGACUGUAU